AUGAUGAAGUGGUACUGGCCGUCCAAGUAUAUGUUCCAGGACGUACAGAUGGCUCAGUAUUUUCAGAUGCAAGCAAUGCGAUUCGCUCAGCGUCCCGCGCACGCCUCAAUGACAAAGCUUUCUUCCGCAAUGGAGGAGUGCUGGCGUAAACGAGAUGCGGUGCGGUCGCUUUUUCAAAGUAUAGAUGAACGGGUGUUCCGCGAAAACCCAACACUGCAAGACCUUUACGGGCUUUAUCGAACGCUCUGCGCAGAAAACCCCCUUCGAUUCCCUGUCGACCCUGCAAUGUGGAGAAAUCCUGAAUUCACAUGGCGACACCCUGAUGUCCAGACUGGGAUCGGUUUGAGCCUAUCAGGCGACGUGCGAGUUCGCCAUCCUCAUGGAGACAAGUCUCCGGUUGCAAGCGACUGUGCGAAACACCUGUCGGACGCAAGGCAGAUGUCCCCCUCAAGUGCCGACAACGAGGUGUCCCGUCUCCUCUUUUCACAGACGGAGCAGUCGCACUACAUCCGCAGUAUUUGCGCAGCUGCGCCCGCAGUACAUGGUCGAAAAGGCAGCUGGCUACGUGACCGGCUUCACAGCGUCAGUGAAGGCGAAGCCGAUCAUGAAAUCUCAGGCAACGAGCGAAAGUCACUACGCCUCGAUGUUCCAGCAGCCGCUUCAGGUUUGCCUCGAGACCGGAUGCAGCAGUGUUUGUUGGCCCUGUCGUCUUUACCAGAGGCUGGUCUCAGCAGUAGCGACUCUGAGAGAAUGCAACAGCCGCCGGUACUUCGCGUUGACGUAGGCCUAGGAGAUCCCGAGCCGGUGCAGGAUGCUGCUGCUUUCAAGAAAAAGCAGGAGCGAAGUUUACGCGCGUUAGAAACAGCACUCGACCACGACGACAAGUUGGCGCGAUACCAUGGCGCACACCAUAGGUUUUUCGACCCUUUCUUCAGGAGAAAGCGGCUGUCAUUUUUAGACCGGUUCGCGCGCGAACGCAUUAAAGGCGAGAAGGCGAGGCAGCUCGGCGCUAAGCUGUAUGUGAAGCAUCCUGACCAGAAGUCUGUGUGGCCCGACAACAAAGGCCUGCUUACGAGGAAGUGGCCAUCGCCUUUCCAUUAA